CACACACGCGCGCGCCCAGAGCCUGGGUGGCUCCCCGUCUGUCCCAGGCUCGGGGGUCUGCGUGGCCCAGGCCUGGUCCCGGGAUGCUCUGCAGAGCGCCGGUUCACUCGUCGGCACCCUGAGAAGGGUGGCAGCUUCCGCCCAUUCUCCAGGCAAGGAAAUAGGCUCUGGGGCGCUGCGCGAGCGCUGAAGGCCACCUGCCGGACUCCGGCAGAACUCUGCGCUCCAACCUUUACCCCUCUACCGGGCGCCAAGCGGCCAGUGCAGGCGUGACGGGAUGAGGACUGGGGAACGGAGGAGAGCCGUAAGGAACCGAACGAACCCUCCUCCGCAGGGGCGCCACGUCUUUCAGGCGCAGGUCACCGAGGGGACUGAAAACACGCCCAGCUUGGCGCCUGGGGCCAAGGAUUUGGGGAAACUAAAACCGCUGUGGCUGUGACAACAGGAGUGGGUUUAGCGGCGCGACCAACCCAGAGGCAGCUGUGGCCAAAAGAGGGCACCAUGGAGCAGGGCCCGGCUCUUCCUAGUUUUCCUAUUCUUCCCGCAUUCUCCCAGCUGCCUGCACGAAACCACGCAGCUCCCCAGGCACAUUAGGACACGGUGGUUGCAGCAAUGGCAAGUGUGGAGGAGCACGAGGGCACUGUCCAGGUGCAGGGCCAGGGCCUAUUCUUCCGAGAAGCACGGCCUGGCAGCGGGCAGACUGCUCGUUUCUCUGUGCUGCUGUUGCAUGGCAUCCGCUUCUCUUCUGAGACCUGGCAGAACCUGGGUACACUGCAUAGGCUGGCCCAGGCUGGCCACCGGGCUGUAGCCAUUGACCUGCCAGGUCUGGGGCGUUCUAAAGAAGUGCCUGCCCCUGCUCCCAUUGGGGAGUUGGCCCCUGGCAGUUUCCUGGCAGCUGUGGUGGAGGCCUUGCAGUUGGGCCCCCCGGUUGUGAUCAGUCCAUCACUCAGUGGCAUGUACUCCCUGCCCUUUCUCACAGCCCCUGGUUCCCAGCUCCGGGGCUAUGUGCCUGUGGCCCCCAUCUGCACUGAGAAAAUCAGUGCUGCCGACUAUGCUGGCGUGAAGACUCCAGCUUUGAUUGUAUAUGGAGACCAGGACCCCAUGGGUCACACCAGCUUUGAGCAUCUGAAGCAGAUACCCAACCACCGGGUGCUUGUCCUGCAGGGGGCAGGGCACCCCUGCUACCUGGACAAACCUGAGGAGUGGCACAGGGGGCUGCUUGACUUCCUACAGGGGCUGGCAUGAGCCAAGCCCUGCAGAUAGAGGGGUUGGCUACUACCUGCCUGCCUUAGGAUCUCUCUCCUUGCUCAGUGGGCUCUGGCUAACCAUGCAUUUCUAACAGGUGUGUCUAUCUUCUUUUCUGCUUCUUUUACUUGCAGCGAUGAGGUAAAAUGAAGAGGAAAAACUCAGAAAUCAAUGGAUGUACUCUGGCAGAGCUUAAUCCAGGAGCUUCUACUGGCUAUCCUUCCUUCCUCUCCUUGCUUGGCAGGCCAGUCAUCCCCUUCCCCACUUCCCUACCCCUGAGACCACAGUUACAUACACACAUGCCCACACACAUACACAUUAGAGGCACCUACGCUCUCAGGCAGGUCCCUUCACUUGGGAGCAACUAACUCGAUCUUUCUGAUCAGACUGUAUCUUCCCAGGCACAUUGGGUACACAUCUUGGCUUGCCCAGGUACAAGUGGAUUGCAAGCUGCAGCUCCUCACUGCCUGGGAAAAAGUGAGGACCUCACCAACCAACCUUGGGCCAGGCUUAGGGCGUGGCCAACCCUAGACUCCACCCACUCACCUACUGGUUACUAUGGUCUGCAGCCUAGAAUUGCCCCUGACCAAGGGAGGGCUGACCCCUGCCUCUAAAACUCUCUGCUUUUUCCUCUGCUUCUGGGGUCUCCACCCUUUAGCCCCACCCGUUAUCAGGCUUGGGUCUUCUCAGCCAAGCUUGUUUUCUGCCGUAUGGUUUAAGGAGUGAGAAGACAGACUGUGGAGGCUGGUGAAAUAAAGCGAUGCAAUUAGA